GCCGCGUUACCUAAAGCCGCGUUACCUAAAGCUGCGUUACCUAAAGCUGCGUUACCUAAAGCCGCAUUACCUAAAGCGGCGUUACCUAAAGCGGCGUUACCUAAAGCCGCAUUACCUAAAGCCGCAUUACCUAAAGCGGCGUUACCUAAAGCGGCGUUACCUAAAGCCGCAUUACCUAAAGCCGCAUUACCUAAAGCUGCAUUACCUAAAGCGUCGUUACCUAAAGCGGCGUUACCUAAAGCGGCGUUACCUAAAGCGGCAUUACCUAAAGCCGCGUUACCUAAAGCCGCGUUACCUAAAGCCGCGUUACCUAAAGCUGCAUUACCUAAAGCCGCGUUACCUAAAGCGGCGUUACCUAAAGCGGCGUUACCUAAAGCGGCGUUACCUAAAGCCACGUUACCUAAAGCGUUGUUACCUAAAGCGGCGUUACCUAAAGCCGCAUUACCUAAAGCGUUGUUACCUAAAGCGGCGUUACCUAAAGCCGCAUUACCUAAAGCGUUGUUACCUAAAGCCGCGUUACCUAAAGCGGCGAUACCUAAAGUGGCGUUACCUAAAGCGGCGUUACCUAAAGCGGCGUUACCUAAAGCCGCAUUACCUAAAGCGGCGUUACCUAAAGCCGCAUUACCUAAAGCGUCGUUACCUAAAGCGGCGUUACCUAAAGCGACGUUACCUAAAGCGGCGUUACCUAAAGCCGCAUUACCUAAAGCCGCGUUACCUAAAGCCGCGUUACCUAAAGCGGCGUUACCUAAAGCCGCAUUACCUAAAGCGGCGUUACCUAAAGCCGCGUUACCUAAAGCCGCGUUACCUAAAGCCGCGUUACCUAAAGCCGCGUUACCUAAAGCCGCGUUACCUAAAGCUGCGUUACCUAAAGCCGCGUUACCUAAAGCGGCGUUACCUAAAGCCGCAUUA